UCACUGGAACUCUUCAGGGGAUGGGAAUCUAGACACCUUCCACAGAAGAGUGUACCUACGACAGUGAAUGAUAAGAGGCUUCUUGAAAACAGCAUCUCUAAGUGAAGGAGAACGAUUCUGAGGUAAACUGGCACCCAACAUCACAUAUAGCGGCUGAGGCCAAAAUCAGGCUAAUGCUCAAACACUACUGUUGGCUAUUGCAGAGCAACAGAGUGAUUCAGUCAGGCUUCAGCAUCUCGGAGAGAAAGGGUUUCCACCCAUACAUGAUGUUGAGAAACCAACUCUAUAAGGGAACCCCUGAUACAGAGGCGCUUGAUACUUUACUGAUGAUUUGCAUGCAUUAGAAGUGAGAAUUAAGCAUCCAGACUACAUUUAAGGUCAGAUUCAUCAGAUCGGCAAUUCAGUAAUAAAAUGAACACGUGGAUGAAAAAUGGAAGUGGAAUGUUUACAAAUUUCCCGCCGCACGUGACAGGGGCGUAACCUUUGUGGAGCUCGACCCCACGUUCGCUCCUUCCCCAUUCAUUUCUCAUUCAAUACUUCCUGUGAAAAGUAAACAAAUGGCGCUCCGCACUCUAAACUGUAAAAUGAUUAAAAAUGUAAGCCGAAUACGCUUAUAUGAGAGUUCAAAAUGCCCGGACAGAAGAGAAAAUAUAAUGUUCGCUUUCCACCCGGACGCGUCAAGAAAAUUAUGCAGAAGGAUACAGAGGUUGGACGAAUCGCUACAGCUGUGCCAGUCAUCAUAUCUAAAGCUUUAGAGAUAUUCCUCAGAUCCCUCCUCACCAUGACCUGUAAAAUAACCCAAUCCAGGAACAGCAGGGUGAUGUCCAUCAAUCACAUGAAACAGUGCAUUCAUUCAGAGAAGCUGUUUGACUUCCUGAAGGAUUUGGCAGAUCAGGCCUCCACUGCGUCAACAUCAGAGUGCAAAACUAAGGGGAAAUGGCAGUCACACAGGAAACGGUGGCAAAGUGUGUCUAUCAAAGCCAGGUCCCCGGAGAGAGAGGAGCCGCCUCAGAAAGCCACCAAUGAUGUGGUCAUCAACAGCGAUUCAUCCAGUGAGUCUGAGCUGUUCAUCUGCUUGGAAACUCAUUCACCUUGACCAGGCAUUGGAAAAGUUUGACAAGAUCGAACAAUCUCUCGCUGAAAACUGCAGUAUUGUUUGUGAAGACCCAACAUUUUUUUUGUGUGUGUGUGUUGGGUGUUAUUGUUAUUCUUAGCAUCUGAUAUAUUUGAUUUUUAAUUUGUGAAAUUGCUCUGUUGUGGUAUUAAGAUUGACCAUGAAAUUAAUUAUAUCAUUUUUGUUUUCUAGUUUUCCAGGGAGUUUUAAAAUCCGAUAAAGAGGAAUAUCAUUUGUUUAUUAUAUUAGAGAUUUUGUGAUUUUGAGCAGCUCCACUAAUUUUCUUUCAGUUGGAUUCAUAAUUAAAACUGUAGAUUGAACUGUCUGUUUGUAAUCUAACAUGAUUUUCUAAGAUGUGAUUAUAUAUUAGUUAUGGUUAAAUGUAAAUAGUUUUUUUUUUGUGUGUGUCAUCUUUAAAUGCAGGUCACAGGUUUUGUUAUUAUUAUCAUUCACAGUAGAUUACAGGGUUCUUUAAGCUGCAUAUUGUAUGACAAGAUCAUUUGGUAUAUUUUAAGAUGUCAGUAUUACAUAAUAUUGUAUAAAUAUGCAUUUUCUACUCCUAACCUUACUACCGUGAUACAAGAUGUAGUAAAAAUGUUUAAAAUAACCAAGCAUCUAUUAUAGGGUAAUGCAAAAUAAUGGCUGAAUAAAACAAACCGAGGAUGA